AUGCUGUUCAGGAGCGUCCUCCUGGCAGUGCAAGCACUGCAGCUUGCCAGUACCCUGGACCUGCCCGCGGGGUCCUGCACCUUCGAGGAGAACACCUGCGGCUUUGACUCGGUGUUCGAGUUCCUGCCGUGGAUUUUAAAUGAGGAAGGCCAUUAUAUUUAUGUGGACACCUCCUUUGCCAAACAAGGGGAGAAAGCCGUGUUGCUGAGUCCUGAUCUGCAGGCUGAAGAAUGGAGCUGCCUCCGAUUGGUCUACCAGAUAGCCACAUCUUCAGGGUCUCUAUCAGAUCCCAGCCGGCUGAACCUCUACAUGAGAUUUGAAGAUGAAAGCUUUGAUCGUUUGCUUUGGUCAGCCAAGAACCCUUCAGACAGCUGGCUCAUAGCCAGCUUGGAUUUGCAAAAUACUUCCAAAAAAUUCAAGAUUUUAAUAGAAGGUGUGCUAGGACAUGGAAAUACAUCCAGCAUCGCACUCUUCGAAAUCAAGAUGACAACUGGCUACUGUAUUGAAUGUGACUUUGAAGAAAACCAUCUCUGUGGCUUUGUGAACCACUGGAACCCCAACGUGAACUGGUUUGUUGGAGGAGGAAAUAUGAGGAACUCCCAGUCUGCUCUCCCGCAGGAUCACACCUUAAAGAGUGAACUGGGCCAUUACAUGUACGUGGACUCUGUCUACAUCAAGCACUUCCAGGAGGUGGCCCAGCUCAUCUCCCCGAUGACCACGGCCCCCAUGUCUGGCUGCCUGUCAUUUUAUUACCAACUCCAGCAGAGGAAUGGCAACAUCUUCUCUGUGUACACGAGGGAUGCAGCUGGCCUCUAUGAGGAGAUCUGGAAAGUGGGCGACCCAGGGAAUGCUGUCUGGAACCUUGCUGAGGUGGAGUUCAGUGCCCCAUACCCCAAGGAGGUUAUUUUUGAAGUUGCCUUCAAUGGUCCUAAAGGAGGGUAUGUGGCCCUGGAUGAUAUUUCUUUCUCUCCUGUUCACUGCCAAAAUCAGACAGAGCGUCCUUUUAGUGCCCUAGAAGCAAGCUGCAAUUUUGAGGAAGACCUCUGCAACUUUUACCAAGACAAAGAAGGUUCAGGCUGGACCCGAGUGAAAGUAAAACCAAACAUGUAUCGGGCAGGAGACCACACUUCAGGCCUAGGGUAUUUCUUGCUGGCCAACACAAAGCUUACAUCACAGCCUGGCUACAUUGGAAGGCUCUACGGUCCCUCCCUGCGAGGAAACCUGCAGUAUUGUUUGCGUUUUUAUUAUGCCAUCUCUGGAUUUUUAAAAAUGAGUGACACCCUAGCAGUUUAUAUCUUUGAAGAGAACCAUGUGGUUCAAGACAAGAUCUGGUCUGUGCUGGAGUCCCCAAGGGGCGUUUGGAUGCAAGCUGAAAUCACCUUUAGGAAGCCCAUGCCCACCAAGGUGGUUUUCAUGAGCCUAUGCAAAAGUUUAUGGGACUGUGGUCUAGUAGCCUUGGAUGACAUUACAAUAGAAUUGGGAAGCUGCUGGUCUCCAGAGAAGCUCCUACCUCCACCAGGAGAGUGUACUUUCGAACAAGAUGAAUGUGUAUUUACUCAGGAGAGAAGAAACCGGAGCAGUUGGCAGAGGAGGAGGGGAGAAACUCCCACCUCCUACACUGGACCAAAGGGAGAUCACACUACUGGGGUAGGCUACUACAUGUACAUCGAGGCUUCCCACUUGGUAUAUGGACAAAAAGCAAGACUCUUGUCCAGGCCUCUACGAGGAGUCACUGGGAAACACUGCUUGACCUUUUUCUACCACAUGUAUGGAGCAGGGACUGGCCUCCUGAAUGUUUAUUUGAAAAAGGAAGGCGACAGUGAAGAGUCUCUCUUGUGGAGAAGAAGAGGUGAACAGAGCAUCUCCUGGCUGCGGGCGCUGAUUGAAUAUAGCUGUGAGAGGCAGCACCAGAUAAUUUUUGAAGCCAUUCGGGGAGUGUCAGUAAGAAGUGAUAUUGCCAUUGAUGAUAUUAAAUUUCAAGCAGGAUCCUGUGCAGAAAUGGAAGAUAAAAGUCAGCAAUCAUCAGGAUAUUCUGAGGACUUAAAUGAAAUUGAGUAUUAAGCAAUGAUCUGAAUUGGAUUAACUAAACAAAAGCCAUACCUCUCUUCAAUCAACAUG